ACUCAUACAGUGACUGAUUCAUAUGCCAGCCUAUAUAUUCCAAACAUUCUAUCCUCGUAUUUAUCGUUGUGACCAGUUCAAGUUCCCACCCCUGAGCCUGGGUCUCAUAUCAGCACCUCUCGCUCUCACCUGGAUAUCGUGACUGGAAUCAAGUCACCCCUUCUCCCUCGUUCACCAUGGCUCCAAAGACAAUAACCAUUAUUGGCUCUCUAAACACUGACCUCGUCACCCACACUCCCCGGGUGCCCAUCGGCGGCGAGACCCUCACGGCGACCUCUUUCUCCACGGGCUCCGGUGGUAAAGGCGCCAACCAAGCCGUAGCAUGUGCGCGGCUCUCCCGACCCAAGCCCUCUUCAUCCCAGACGCACCCAACCUCGGAUGUCGUGGUCAAGAUGGUGGGAGGCGUGGGGCAUGACGAGUUCGGCCCCCCGUUAGUCGAGUCCAUGAAGCGGGAUGGCAUCGACACGUCAGGGAUCAGGAUUGUCGAGGGACAGACGACCGGCGUUGCUGUGAUUAUUGUCGAGGAGGGUUCCGGCGAGAACCGCAUCCUCUUGAACCCGGGAGCAAAUUACACUCUCAAAGCUGAAGAUUUCCGCGCUCCUGAAUCUCUGGGCACGCCACUUCCGGAUAUGAUAGUCAUGCAGCUGGAAAUCCCGCUAGAGACAGUGUUACAGAUUCUGGACACGGCGAAGAAGGCUGGGGUAGAUGUCUUGCUUAACCCCGCGCCUGCUGUGAAGUUGCCCGAGGAAGCAUAUACCGCUAUCACGCACUUGAUCGUCAAUGAGAGCGAAGCAGCGAUUUUGAGUGGACGAAGGGUUGAAGAAGUGGAAAAGGAGGGGUUUGAGUGGGAGGGACUUGCGUCGGAGUUUUUGCGGAAAGGCGUCCAGAAUGUGGUUGUGACGUUGGGUGCCAAGGGGGCUUAUUAUGCCACAGCAGCAGGAGGGGCGGGCUACAUUAAGGCGGAGAAGGUUGAGAAAGUCGUGGAUACGACAGCGGCAGGUGAUACGUUUGUAGGUGCGUAUGCCGUCAGUAUUGUGCGGAAGUCUUUGCCCUCUGGCACUAGCCUAUCUGAAGAAUACAAGCACAAGCCUCUUGAUGAGGAGGUUAUCAGAUUCGCAUGUAAAGCUGCCGCUCGGACAGUGGAGAAGAGAGGCGCACAGAGCGCGAUACCUUGGGCUGAUGAAAUCGAGAGACAUGAUGCAAGGGGAGGCUUAAAAUAAGGUACGAAAUACAGGGAUCCCUCGGAUUAUAGAAUUGGGCUUGUUAGACGUUACUGGCAUCUUGUUCAUUAAUAUAAGGUAGCCAUUUGUAGAGGGGUUUGGUAGCUUAGACUUCUUCUAGAGCCCCCUCAAACUAGCCUAAAACCGCAGAAAAGGAAUAUAGACAUUGGUUAAGGUACA